CGAUGCCCCCACAUCUGACAGCUUGGCCUUCUGAUCUCAUUUGUCUUGUGGCGCCGGGAACUCCCGACCGUUUCCUCUACCUCCUUCUCAGUAACGUUUACAACAUCCUAGCUGGCAGAGCUACACCAGGCUUCCCUGCGCUGGGGGGAACCUCUGCUCUUUCUCCGUGCCUCCACCGGAUUGCAAGGGACCGAAAAUCACGUCCAUUUCUUGGAUUCGCCUGCUAAACUCGGUCGCUGAAGAUCCCUGCGAAGGAUUCUGAAGAUUUUUUUGGGUGGGGGCAAUUAGGCAUCGUGGAAACCAACUUGUCACCUCCGAACCUGGAUGAUGAAGAAAUCCCCGUUUGUCUUGGAGACGGAUGAUGGCCUUGGAGAGGAUCCGAACGCAGCCGCGAAGGGGUCAGCUGGGGAGGGGCAUGGACCGCCACCCUUGGAGACCCCUUUCCAGAAGGAAGCCCCUCCCUCCCCCCGGAUUCGGGUGAAUCUGAAUUACCGGUCGGGACUCAUCACACCGGACGAAGCAAAUCGCUUCAACAGGGACCGUAUUUUUCAAGCCGUGGUUGCGGGAGAUCCUGAACCGCUUAACGGCCUAAGCGAUUAUCUGCGGAAAACGUCCAGCUUUCUCACGGACACUAAAUAUAGAGAUGGGAAGACAGGCAAGACCUGUUUGAUGAAGGCCUUGCUCCAUUUGAAAGACGGGCAGAACCCCACCAUCUCUGAGCUCUUGAAGAUAGACAAGGAGACCCAGAACCCCAAGUCUUUGGUCAACGCCGCUUGCACAGACAGCUACUACAAAGGCCACACAGCCCUCCACAUUGCCAUUGAGAAGAGGAACUUAGAUCUUGUGAAGAUGUUGGUGGAGAACGAGGCUGAUGUCCACGUCAAGGCUUCUGGCUGUUUCUUCCAGCCGCACCGCAAAGGGGCCUACUUUUAUUUUGGUGAACUUCCUCUCUCCUUGGCCGCUUGUACCAACCAGCCAGAGGUGGUCAUGUACCUCCUGGAUAACCCUCACCAGAAGGCCAGGCUGACCGAACAGGAUUCCAUGGGCAACACCGUCCUCCAUGCGCUGGUGAUGGUGGCCAAUGACACGGAGAAGAACACCGAGCUCGUGGUUUACAUGUACGACAUGAUCCUGAUGAGAGGGGCCGAGAUUGACCGUAAAUGCAAAUUGGAAGAGAUUGUCAACCGGAAAGAGCUGACCCCUUUGAAGCUGGCUGCCAAGACUGGGAAAGUCGAGAUCCUCAAGCACAUGCUCCACCGAGAGAUGAAGGACCCCAAGUUCCAGCACCUUUCGCGCAAGUUCACCGAGUGGACCUAUGGUCCCAUCCACGUCUCCCUCUACGACUUGACCUCUGUCGACAGCUGUGAAGAGAACUCAGUGCUGGAAAUCCUGGCCUACAGCAGCAACACUCCAAACCGAUACAAAAUGGUGGCCCUGGAGCCUUUGAACAAGCUACUUCAGCACAAGUGGGAAUCCUUCAUUAGAAAAAGGUUUUUCUUCAGUUUAUUCAUCCACCUGAUUUUCAUGCUCAUCUACACAGGCACUGCUUAUUACCGGCCCCUAAAUGGUGAGUCUCUUGUUCCAACAACAGUGACAUUCCAGAACUUACUAAGACUUCUUGGAGCCGUGAUCAUUUUAAUUGGUGGCAUUUAUCUCUUCGUUGCUCAGUGUUUUUACUUCUGGAGGAGGCGCUUCUCUUGGAAAAGUCUUCUAGUGGACAGUUGCUUCGAGAUAUUCCUGUUUGUGCAGGCGCUCGCCAUCCUGGCCUCGUCCGUGAUGUUCUUUGCAAACACGGAAAAAUACGUGUUACCCAUGGUGUUCGCCUUGCUUUUGGGCUGGGUGAACAUGCUCUAUUACACCCGCGGUCUCCAGCAGACGGGAAUCUACAUCGUGAUGAUCCAGAAGGCCAUCUUGAGGGACCUUAUGCACUUCCUGAUGGUUUAUGUGAUCUUCCUCUUUGGCUUUGCAACAGCUCUCAUCAUUCUCACCGGGGGCGCUUCCCACUCAGCCCGCAACGCGUCUCACCCGCUCAGCGACGACUCUAAAGACGAGGCCGUGUAUUCAGGGCUAUUUCAGACUGCCCUGCUGCUCUUCAGGUUCACCAUUGGAAUGGGCGACCUGGAGUACAACGAGAAUGUCAAGUACAGCGACAUUGCGAUGCUGUUGGUCCUCCUUUUUGUCAUCUUGACUUACAUCCUCUUGCUCAACAUGCUGAUUGCUCUGAUGAACGAAACGGUCACCAAAGUCUCCGAUUACAGCCAGAGCGUCUGGCAGUUGCAGAGAGCCAUCGCUAUCCUGGAGAUAGAGAAAAACUGGAUUUGGUGCUGGAGAAAGGCCCAGAGAGCCGGCUGUUACCUCUCCAUCGGCUCUGAGGACAAGGAAGACCAGAAGAGGUGGUUUUUUCGAGUAGAAGAAGUAAACUGGGAAGACUGGAAUGAAAAACUCGACGUCCUCCGGGAAGACCCCGUGGGAUCUAACCUCCUGGAGAAAGACUCCUCUUCCGAGUCGAAACUACGGGACUGGUUGGCUCGGGCAAGGUCUCGCUUCUCUUCAUUGGUGGAGGAAGAGGAAGAGCGGGUGUCGCUGCACAACUUAAGACCUUAGGAAGAGAGGAAUCCCACCCCCCCAGAAGGAAGGAUGGAUGGACAGAUGGAGGGGCGUCUCAGCCACAAAAGGACCCGCCACAACUACUCUCUGGGGGAAAAGCAAGGGUGGGAUUUGGUGCCUUUGGGAAGGAUUCUGCCCCCCCCCCGUCACAAUUGAGGCAGCUCAUAAGUUGUCUGAGAGGGAAACCCAACAGAGUUUAGCCCUUCUCCUUCUCCUUCUCCUCCCCUCCCUCCUUCCCCUCCCAUUCCUCCUCC